CAGUGUCAAGUAGUUUGAGUUUUGUUUAUCUGGCUGGAUCUAUUGUUUGUUUACAUGGUUGUUGGAGUGUCUAAUUUUCAGUAAUAUUGAACAUUAUCGAUGUUUUAUUUUAUUAUAAUUUGGAGGUUCAAAAACUAAUCAAUUUUUAUUGACAACGCUAAAAAGUGUUGGUAAAAUCAAAUUAAAAUAUGCUUAUUUGUGUGGUUCCCAACCUAGGAAUUUUUGUUUCAGAGAUUUCUUGUCCUAGCCUAAGGCCAGAUUAUUAGUUCCUAUUGGUAAUGCGAAAUGGCUGCUGUAGACCAUAAUAAUCCAAACAAUGGAUGUGGGACAUGGCCCCGGGCUGGUCUGCAAGGGUUUGUACCACCUCAGGACAGGGGAUCGACAUUGCCUUCUCCUCAAGGGAAAGGGACUCUCCAAAUAAAUAGAGUGGAGAAGAAGCGUCACCCCGUGCAGCGGGCACCAUCGCGACUGUACCAUGUGGACAGAAGCAACCCCCGACAGGACAAGUACCGAGGUCCCACCACUUGCAUCGGCCCAGAGUUUGUGGUGAGGGCUGCUAACCCACCCCGCAUUAUACACAUUGGAGACAUCAAGCCUGCUCUUAGGAGAAAAUUAGUUGUCAUUCUGUUGAAUGGGCAGAAAGUCGAAAUUACAUGUGAUCCUUCUUCAACUACUGCUGCGCAAAUAUUUGAGGUAAUUGUGGAGAGUGAAGGCAUCUCGGAGAACUUCACACUGGGACUAGCUGUGCUUGUGUCCGGUGACUUUGUGUUUCUUCCUCCAGAAGUUAGAUUACACAAGAUGGCUCCGUCAGGCUGGGGUAACAGCUCACAGAAACACCACCCUUACUACAGUUUUACACUUUACCUCAAGGUCAAGUUCUUCCUCACUCCACUCAGAGGAUUCAGGUGUUGGAGCUGGAAACAUUUGCUCUACCUGCAGCUGCGACGCUGUCUGCUUGAGCGACAACUGCGGUGUGAGACCAAGGACAUGAUGUUAUUGGCAGGACUGGCCUUGCAAGCUGAGUUUGGAGACUUCAAUGUUGAGGAACAUGGGUGUGGUGAUUACUUCCUGCUAGAGCACUACCUGCCGGAGGGGAUGUGGAGGGAAGGGGAGUCUGUGGUCACCCGCGAACUUCAGAGCCUACACCGGGAGCGACAAGGUCUGGAUCCUGGCAGAGCGGAGGAAAUGUUUGUCUCGUACACACAACGCCUCCCAGAGUAUGGCACACACCACUACUCUGCUGUCACGAACAAUGCAGAUGGUACUAGUGCCGAAGUGUGGCUGGGAGUCAACAGCGAAGGUGUGGUGGUGUGUCUCAAGAAGAUGUGCAGUGCCUACUCAGCCAGAAACCCUACACAGGUCCACAAGUGGGUGGACAUCAGGAAACUCUGCUAUAACAAACAGGUGUUCGAGCUCUCUACUCUGCAGGACUCGGCCAAACACAAGUUCAAGCUGGACAAUAACAAAAGCUUCUGUGUCUUCCGGUUAGCAUCUCUUCACCACAAGUUUUUCCAGAAGUACAAGUCCAAUAUGUGUUCGAUGCAGGUUUUAGCUGAAGAGUUUGGAAUUCCUGUUAAAAGAAACACUAAGGAUUCUACUAAAUGUGUCUACUAUAUUGGUUCAAGUAAUUCAGAUGUAAGAGUUGAGGAUAAAACCAGUCUGUUGAGGAGAUCUGCGAGUUUCUUUAGUCCUGACAGAGUAAUUUUUCGAGGGAAAACAUCCACCCAUUGUGGUGAAAAGAAACAUGCUCAUGAGGAUGGCAGUUCCAGCAGGACAGACAGUGAGUCUGUCAGUAGCUGUAGCACUAACCCAAAGAGCUUCACCAUUCCGAAACAGUGGACCCCAAACAGAUUACGUGAUGAAGCAGAGAGUGCUCCUUCCUCACUAUGCACUGUCCGUAAGCAAGACUUCCUGGAAAGUACCAAAUCGACAGUUGGAAGACGAGGGCUGGGUGUACGUAUGGGUACUCGGGCCUUCUUCUCCAGCUCUCAGGUCAACAUGUCGUUCACAGAGGAGCACUCCCCUCCUCACUCGCCUCUUCCAGAGGCCUAUGUUCUCAAUUCAAGUAUCAAAUCAGUGGAUGAUCAUUUUCAUGUUGAUUUCCAAGAAACAAUUAGUGAGUCCCUCGCAGAGAAAUUCAACAACAUUCCUUUUGUGGAUGAACGAAUUCUCACAACCGUCAGGUUAAAAAGAGAUCACACAAGAGGUCUGGGGAUCCAGGUGACAGAGGGCUCUGAUGGUGGUGUUUACAUUCAGUCCAUUGUGCCUGGUGGUGCUGCUGAGAAGUUGGGCCUUGUUUACACAGGUGAUCAAAUACAAGCAGUGAACGGCCAGAAUAUCCUGAGCAUGCAAUAUGCUGAAGCUGUGCAGUUGCUUGCAGAAACACCUGGAGAGCUGGAACUGGUCCUCUCACAAGUCAACAGAGGUCAAGAAGUGGUUCCUCCCCCUCAUUCUAGUGACUAUGUUCCUGGAGAAACUGCAGGUUUGGACCUCCAUGCAGCAUUGGUGCAGAAGCCCAUCGAAGAUUCAUAUCUGCGUGUGAUCCGCUAUGAGACUGCUACUGAGGCCGAAGAGAAGAUGGUGGAUACUGCACUUCCUGUCAAAAUGGCCCACCACCACACACACUCACUUCGCCCUGGCCCCUACUUAUAGCACCAUACAAUCUCUACAUUUGGGGUUUUGAAAGAGGUGAUAUGAAUCCUCCAGUGCCUGCUCCCAGAUACAAGAGGAAGUUGAUUACUACUGAAGAUUCCAAACAUAGAUCAAACAAGCAGAACACUAGUAUGAAUGAGCAUGCAGUUAACAUAAUACCUCC